UUGACUGCAGCAGUUGGGUUGCUUUACGUCUUACGCUUGGUUUUGGGGCCAAAUCAUCCGCUACAUGGAUGCGUCGUAAACGCUCUAGCGGCUCUAUUAAUUAUUACAUGCUAUUAUGCUAAGCGGAAGAUUUACUUUACUUAGAGAGUUGCCUCAAAGUCUGACCCCACAAGUCUCAAAUUCCUAUCUAUUAUAAAAAUUAAUUUAACCUACUACUUGUCACUUGAAAGAUUCAAGUUUAUGAAAAAUGCAGUUGCAUUUUCUGGGCUGUGUUCUUCUGAUCCUUCUCAUCGCAGAGUGUGGUGCUCAUGAGUGCUACGUCUGCCAUGAGCAGGACAGCAACAGAGGCAAGUGCACUGAGACUGUGGAGCCAUGCGACUUUGAACAAGAUCAUUGUCUGUCAGAAAUAAAAUGGGGCAGCACACCAUUCUGGGAAGUGGGUGCUCCCAUGCAAUACUACAUCAGCAAGAAGUGUGCCACAAGACAAGAUUGUACUGACACAAUAUCAGGCUAUUUGCCUUACUGUGAUUACAUAAAUUGGAAGGACUGGAAAUGUGCAGAGUGCUGCAAAGGAGAUCGUUGCAACUUCUUUGUGACUUUGGGUGCAUCAAGUUUGCAGACGACCAGUUUUGGGUGCACGAUAGCAGUACUUGUAGUGCUGUUGUGGUAUGCUCAUCGCUAAUUGACUGUCAACUAUCCGAUGCAUCUACCUCAAAAGUUACAACGUUCUCAAAAGGGGCUAGUGGUAAAUCCUUGUCUCACAUUUGGCAUUCCUGCUUCUUGUCCCGUUAUAGGUUUCAGUGAUCUCUUUUAAGUUUCCAUUCACAUGUUAGAACAUCAUCAGUUAAAUUGUCAUGGCUUAAAAAAGUAAUGCCGAGUAAAAAUCACAAAUUUGGAAUAAAAAAAAUUCCACUAAGCUAUUAUAAUUAGAGUUUGCUUGCAAAGAUGAUAUUUAAGUGCAAUUGGUAAUGGACCUUUACUUCUUAGUUGCGAUGCAUUGCAAGUUGAAUGUUUAGAAAAUAAUUUAAACUGCACUGUCUACUAGCUAAGUUAUGUUUAUAUUCCUGAAAACAGUUGUCCUGUUUUAAUCAUAUAUAGUCCCUUUUUAAUGCAAAAUUUGGUGUAGUCAUUGGUGUUUUUGUAAAUUAAACUG